GUCAGUACCGAAAGCUCGAAAUCGACAAAUAAAAUUAUUGAAUUUAGUUAAAAUUCUUAAUAUGUAUUUUGUUGCGGUCUUAUACAAAUUAUUUUACUUUAUUAUUCCUACCGCUAUACCUUCUAAAAAUGGAAUCAGUCUAAACUUAUUAUUAGCGGAACCAACAAAUUUAGUCGAUAAAUUCAAACAAGAAAUUGAACAGUAUCUAGUUGAUGAUAUCGAUUUAUCAAUAGAUCAACCAAUAAAAAUAUUUAAUGAUAAUGAUUUGAAACUUGUCACAAAUAGUAAUGAAUAUUUAGCACAAUUUAAUCAUGAACAACAUUUUCAAUCAAUUAAAGAAAAUAUUGUCAAUAGUACACAAUGUAAUGAUUUUAAAUAUUUAGGACAAUUAAUAAAUAUUGCAUAA